AGUAAUAAGUUCUAUAUUUCUAUUGCCUAUUUAUUAUGUUGUUUCUUGUUAGUUGUUAUUCGUCAUUUUGAUACUUGUGGAGUCGUGGCUUUUUGGCCUUUUUCGGCUGUUUGAAAACUUUAAUCUUAUUACAAUAGUUACAUGAUUUCUGACUUUAGUGAUAUAAUUUUCGUAUCCGUAUUAAUUCACGUGCGCCACACUAAAAAAUGGCGUCUGGGUCUGAGUCUUUGAAGCGAAAGGCCACGGGUCCUGAUUCGUAUAUCGAUGAAGUAUGGAAAUUUACGAAAGGAACGGUCGACAAAAAGUUGGAGAAGUCCGAACCUUUCCGGAUAUUUAUGUCUCCCAUAGAAUGUGAUCCAGGAACACACACUGAAGAAUUAACACUAUCGUUUCCAGAACUUUUGGACCAAAGUCUCGGUGAUUUGACUGAAUCACUUCAUAUAAACUUCAUGGUUGAGCUUGGCUGGUUUCUUGCUCAACAUUUCAUAACUGAUCAAAAAGGGAAAAAUAUUACACUUUUAUAUGAACAUUGUGAUGAAGAUUUAAGUGAAUUAGAUUUAAAAAAGAAAAUUCCUCAUUUAAAACAUAAAAAAAUAAUCAAUAAAAAUGCUUUUGGUCAUCAGCAUAGUAAGGUAUCAAUGUUUGCUUAUGCUGAUGGUAGUUUACGAGUUGUAGUUAUGUCUGCUAAUUUGUGUGAAGAUGAUUGGACCAGAUUCACUCAAGGGAUUUGGGUGAGUCCAAAAUUUCCAUUAAAAAAAGAGGAUGAUUUGUCAGAUGGUAAUUCAAAAACUGAUUUUAAAAUAGAUAUUUUACGAUAUUUAAAAUCUUAUAAUGAACAAUUAUUAAGUCAUUGGAUAGAAAAAGUUGAAAAAGUUGAUUUCAGUCAAGCAAAUGUGUUUUUCAUACCUAGUGUUCCAGGCAAGCACCAAGAACAGUUAUGGGGUCAUUUAUAUUUGAAAAGUAUUUUGGAAAAACAUGCUCAUCUACCUUUUCGUGUACCAUCAGAAUGGCCUAUAAUAGCACAAUGUUCCUCUCUGGGGUCUUUGGGUACUACAGAAAAUGGAUGGUUAAAAUCAGAGUUUAUCAAUAGUCUAUCAGCAUCUACUUAUUAUGAUCCUUCAAUAAGAGACGGAUAUCCUGUUCCCUUCAAAUUGAUUUAUCCAUCUGAAAAAAAUGUUUUGAAUAGUUGGAAUGGACCAUUAGAUGGUGUCUGUUUGCCUUACAAUAAGAUGACACACAAAAAACAAAAAUGGCUUAAAAGAUACAUGUGCUCGUGGGAGUGCUAUUCACGGAAAAGAUCAAAGGCCAUGCCUCAUAUAAAAACAUACUGCCGAGUUUCAUCUUGUUAUUCAAAAAUGUCUUGGUUUUUGUUGACUAGCGCUAAUUUAUCAGUAGCUGCUUGGGGCAGAAAACUUAAGUCAGAAGAUCAGAGUAACUACAUAAUGGCACAUGAAGCAGGAGUUUUGUUAUUGCCUAGUUUUGUGACUGGAACAGAUACAUUUCAUAUAGACCCAAUCGAAAAUAGUAAACCACUAUAUUUCUCUUUCCCUUUCGACUUGCCAUUAACUACAUAUGAUUUAGAGGACGAGCCUUGGACUAUUUAAUAUUAAAUACAUUCAUUAUAAAUAAUUUUUUACACUUGUUUAUAAUGAAAUAAUGUAUACUUUCUAAA